AUGUCCCCGAGAGCAUGGCGGACGUUGAGGCGAUUGGUCCUGUGCUUCGCUUCGUUCCUGCUGGUCUGCACGACGACGGGCUGGGGAUCAGGUGAUAACAUUUUUCCUCAUCGACUAGGCUUACCCUGGACGCGAGAGGAAAAUCCUGGUCCUUGCCAAUUCGUAUCGCCUAUGGAGGCUUAUCGGAAUGACCUCGCUCGACUGCAACGUAUCCACGCUUCCCGUGGCGCUCACGGACAAGCUCAACGACCUCUUCUUCAUGACUUUAAUGAAUCUCAUGCGCAUUCUCACGCUCAUCAACAUCACACGUUUUCCACCAAUGGACAUUUACUGGUAUCUCCGGAUUCCGAUGCUCCCCAUCCUAUACCAUUACUCUUGUCAGUCGGAGAGAAGAAAUGGGAAGAUCUCUUGUCCCGUCAGUCAACGACCCUAGAAGAAGCAGUCGAGGAGUAUACGAGGAGAUAUGGUCGCCGACCCCCAAAAGGAUUCGAUAUAUGGUGGGACUUCGCUGAAGUCUUCAAUCUAGUCUUGCCCGAUGAGUAUGAUAGGAUUAAUCUCGAUUUGGCCCCUUUCUUUGCCCUACCGAAAGAGGAGAUGAAAAGGAGAAUGCUCAUGGUGGAGGAUAUGCCCGAGACAUUCACGGUCAUCAUCAAGGAUGGCAGGGUCGAUGUACAGAUCCUCGACCCAGGUGGUCUCAGAUGGGAGGGUACAUGGCCAAGAGCUCGAGACGCCGCAUCUCUCAUAGAAGGCUUCGCUCGCUUUCUGCCUGACCUCAGAGUAACCUUCUCAAUCUUUGAUCAACCCCAGAUCUAUCUCUCCUGGGCUAGGCGCAAGUCACUCAUGGAGUUGGGUCUACGCAACGAGCACACCUCGCAUCUCCACGAGAUCGACGAUAUCGAAAUCAAGCUGUCCAGAAGUUGCUCUCCAGACUCCAACUUGAGGCAGUCAGGGCAAAACUUAUCUUCUGGCAAGUCUUUCAUCCAUGACAAUCUUCAAGCGGCCGAUAUAUGCCAAAACCCAUACCUUGUCCCCUUACACGGCCUGACCAUCGAGCAUCACGCUGCGACCUCACAUCCUCGUCCUCAUACUCAUCUCUUGCCUUUGUUCAGCCUCGCCAAGACUUCGAUCAACUCUGAUAUCCUCAUCACGCCACUGGAUCAAUUUUUCGACAAACCCGGCCACGAUCCGAAAUGGGAGCGUAAGAAGAGCUCCAAGCUGGCAUGGAGAGGCAGUCCGACGGGCAUUUCGACAAUGACGAGUGACUUACCGUGGCGUGAUUCUCACCGAGUGCGACUACAUCAUCAUGCCAAUAACAAGUCGUCCGCGCCAGCCGAAGUCAUGGUGCCCCACCUGGGAUCAAAUCCUUAUGACGGUCUCGAGUUGGGUCAGACCCAAGAGGUCCUAUCAGUCAAGAAAAUGAACGACUUUUUUUUCGACAUGAAGCUGGCUGGACGUCCACUGCAAUGUAUGGAAGACGAUGGAACCUGCGCAGACAUGCAGGAGGAGAUCGAUUUCGCCCCGUUCCAGUCGUCAGAUGAUUUGAAUAAACACAAAUUCUUGCUCGACAUAGACGGCAAUGGCUGGAGUGGUCGUUUUCGAAGACUCAUGCGCACGAAUUCUUUGGUAAUCAAAACCAGUCUCUUCACGGAGUGGUUCCAGCCACACCUGAUACCGUGGUUCAUGUACGUGCCAGCCAAGCUCGAUUUCUCCGAUCUGCCGGACAUUCUGGCGUUCUUCCGGGGCAGUCCCAAGCAUCCUGACAUGGGUUUUGAUGAGACAGCAAAGGCGAUCGCCAAGAACGGACAAUGUUUCGCGCAGCGAAUGUUCCGACUUGAGGAUUUGCAAGCGUACAUGUUGAGACUUCUAUUGGAGUAUGCGCGCCUGGCUGCAGACGACGGUGUGGAUAUGGUGAGUGCAUAA